CAGCUGACUCGUACCCCACGCAUUUUGUAGGAUGGUUGAUGGUUGUGGUUUACUUUGCUAGUUAGUUGCCCUCUGCUCUUAAACAGCAUCAAAUCAGCCUCCGGUGGAUCCUCUCUGUCCUCCGAUUUCGCCCGUAAACGCGAUCGCCAGAAUCGACGAUCUUGCGUAUUUGAUCUUGGCCUCCUCGUAUCUUGCCUCGCAAAUCGACAUGCCGCCAAAAUUCUCUGUUUCCUGCAUCCUGCUAUUUAUUACUCUAGCAACGCAUGUUCAAUCAUGCGAAAUAGAUCAGAUGGAUUCUGGAUGUCGAAUUUUUAAUGCCCAGUGUAAUUGCGGAUUCGGGUGUAAAUCGGAAUACAGAUAUAUCAAUAUGGAAGACUGCAAAUUGGCUUUGAGAGGCAAGGUAGACAUCUGUUCUCGGGCCAAACCAUGUUUACAUGAAGGCACAUGCCUGCAAAUUUCAGCCCAACCUGGAUUUAAAUGCAGUUGUCAGGGAACUGGAUACUUUGGAGCGCGAUGUGAAAAAUCUUGUCCAGGACCAAACAAUCUACAUUUUCGAGGACCCUUCCCAUACGAGUGCGUCGUAAUCUAAGAAAAAUUCCAAUCAUCAAAUUAAAGAGAAUUGUAAAAAAGACAAAUAUGGUAACCGCGCAUCAUUUAAUCUUCCCGAAGCAUAAUUCAUUUCUUGUACAUAAUAACAAAAUAUAAUUAAGGCAUAUGUAUGAUAUGCGUCCAACAUCCAAAGACUAGGGAAAUAUCUUUUAUUUUUUAAGCAAUUAAAUUCUUCAAUUCCUUGCAAAAUUAAAUUUGUCAUACAGAACAUUAGUUUUGUAAAAAAAAAAAAAAAAAAAAA